AAAAAGGAGCGAGUGAGAUGUCUCGCUUCCUGUUUUAUCUCUGAUAGCUAUGAUCCAUAUCCGAUUUCGGAUUUCCUGAUAUGAUUAGGGGUUGGGAAAGAACGAAGUUCAUUCAAUUUAGCUAGUCUUUUCUGGAACGUAACUGUUUCGUAUGAUUUGGGCAUUUAGAGUACGGUGUAACUCAAGUAUUACGAUUCAGUAAACGUACAAAGGCAAAGCGCUGUUUUUAUUUGUGAAAAGAAGCGGCUAGGUUAGCCAGCUAGAUUUAGCUAAAGCCUUUAGCCUGCACUGUUGAAAUGUCUGCCUCGGCCGGUGUCUCUCCGUCAGCCCAGGGCACUGCCCUGGUCAGUCCAGGCACGGGGAUGUCCAUGUUUCGGUGGCUUGAGGUUCUGGAGAAGGAGUUUGACAAGGCGUUUGUUGACGUCGAUUUACUACUGGGAGAAAUCGAUCCAGAUCAAGCUGACAUCACCUACGAGGGUCGUCAAAAGAUGACAAGUCUCAGCUCCUGUUUUGCUCAGCUUUGCCACAAAGCCCAGACGAUUUUUCAACUUAAUCACAAAGUCGAGGCUCAGCUGGUUGGCCUGCGAUCAGAGCUGACUGACGUGCAGGCAGAGAGGGUGGUGGUGGAGAGGGAGGUUCACGACCAGCUCCUCCAGCUCCAUGCCAUGCAGCUGCAGCUUCACGCCAAGGCUGGGCAGACCGUGGACUCGGACUCCAUCAAAGACAGGAUGCCUGUUCCCUCAGUGGAGGAGAUGGAGAGGGAGCUGCAGGACAACAAGAAGGAGAAGGUGAAGGAAGUGAAGUUGGAGGCAGAGGUCAAGCUGCAUAAGAAGGAGAAUGAGGCCCUCCGCAGGCACAUCGCCGUACUGCAGGCUGAGGUCUAUGGGGCCAGACUGGCAGCCAAGUACCUGGACAAAGAGCUGGCUGGAAGAGUUCAGCAGAUCCAGUUACUGGGUCGGGACAUGAAGGGGCCCGCUCAUGACAAACUAUGGAACCAGCUGGAGGCUGAGAUCCACCUCCACCGCCACAAGACAGUCAUCCGAGCCUGCAGGGGGCGCAACGAUCCCAAGAAACCCCUACCUUCUCCAGUAGGGCAUGAAACAGAUGUACUGAAGAAGACCCAAGGAGUUGGUCCUAUUCGUAAAGUAGUGCUGGCCAAAGAAGAUCACGAGGGACUUGGAAUUUCAAUCACGGGUGGUAAGGAACACGGGGUGCCCAUCCUGAUCUCAGAGAUCCAUCCUACCCAGCCUGCGGAGCGCUGUGGGGGGCUCCAUGUGGGUGAUGCCAUCCUGGCUGUCAACAGCAUCAACCUGAGGGACGCCAAACACAAGGAAGCCGUCACCAUCCUCUCACAACAGAGGGGAGAGAUAGAGUUUGAGGUUGUGUACGUAGCCCCGGAGGUGGACUCUGACGAUGAGAACGUGGAGUAUGAGGAUGACGGCGGCCAUCGCUACCGGCUCUACCUAGAUGAGCUGGAGGAGGGGUCAGCCGCCAGCAGGAACAGCGGCACCGCAGACUCCGCAUCGCUACAAGCUCUGGAGAAGAUGUCCGUGAGUGACAGCCCGGAGAACGGAGACACCGGGAUCUCCAGUGAGACGCCAUCGGAGGAGACACUGUCUAAAGCUGCUGAGUCCGGAGAGAGCUCGUCAUAGAGGGAGGAGGGGGGGGGCUGAAAGACUGAAGUGCAUGUGUGUUUGUGUACUAUACUGUAUGAGAUUUGAGAGACUGGCCUGCACCAGAUUCCCCCGGAGGAUAUAUGUGGGGAUAGAGUUGACUCAUCAUUAAGUUGUUAUGGAAACACACUCGGAGCUCUGUUGAAUUCACGUCACUAUCUUCGUGCAGUGGUGAGGAGCCAAUUAGAUGAGACCUGAUAUUGAGGAGAGGAUGUGGGUCUAGUUUGGAGACUGUGAUCUCUCAACUGAGUGGUAUUUUUCUCUGUUUGCGUAUAGUUACUGAUCCUUUUUGCCCCCACACUGGCGACACUACCUUACUGGGACUGCCCUGCUGGUAAUGAAUACUAUUUUACAAGGCCGAGAAAGAUCUUCUCCCUUCAUAAAUUUUGGCUUUUAUUUCUCUCUUCCACAUGUAGCUACUGUAGAUGAGGGUUUUUCUCUCAACUUGAAUGUUCAUCUUCUACCACUGAUUAUGGUAUCGAUGUUGAAUCCCACGUCAAACCUGCAGCGCUCUUAGAUCCACCUAGCAGUAGGCCUAGUCCUUAGUGUUCAGAAAAUGAGAGAGCUACAUUCACCUACUGUAUGUCAAAACAGAAUGUACAGGGCAAGAAUUCUAACUAUAUCAGCUAUGAGGGUGUUCCAUCUGUGUUUGAUCAAUGGUAUCACAUAAUGUCACCAUAGUUCAGUGUUUAAAUGCUGGAUACAUCUGUUUUUCAGUCCUCUGAGCACUCAUUACACAAUGUUUUUCUUUGAUGGCUCAGUUAAAAAAAAUAUAUAUAAAAAAACUCAAUAUAAAAUCAUUUCUGGGUAGCAAUCAAUUAAAAUGGUUAAAAAAAAGCAAAUUGCUCCUUAGCAAGAGCAGUUUCUCAAGCAAGAAUUUUGGUAGAACUGUGAGUGAGGAGGUAAAAACUAGCUGUUAUUAUUGGCAGAGAGGUUUGGAACUCUCUCUUAUUGGUCGAACAAAUUUACCACCUGGUGAUGUCAACAGGCAGGCAAAAACUCCAUCCCACCAAAACUGGCUGAAAUGUCAGGUGAUCUUUUCAAACAGCUCUUCUACUAAAAGGGCAUUAUCAUAGUUAAUGGUGUUUAACUGACCAGUGUUUUUGCAAAGUUGGGCUAUAUCUUCAACAUUACACGGACAAUGAUAUGAUUCGUGUGUGUAUAAAGCACUGCAAAUUGAGUCGUCUGUAAGAGGAAGUGAGCGGUCAGGGGGACAACUCAAAAGGACAGAAUAGGGAGACACCGGAUUGGAGGGCCAAAUCUUGUCUUUUCAGUUGUCACGUUGACCAAAAUCAGAAGUGCAAUGUCUUUUUUCCCCCUCUUAAACUCAACUAGGAUUUCUCCUUUGUUCUAGUCCCUUUUAACGAAGUACAUAUCUUGCCUUUUGGAUGCAUCUCCCAAAAGUCCAUCGUUGGUUGGUUUUCCCCACCCUUCUCUACUGCUGGUGUCAGUGGCAGUCAAACUGUCUUCAGACUCGUUAGGACCCAAAGAUGACUGACAACAGUGUCUGCUACACUGUGUUCUGACAUCUUCUUUAAAUGUAUUUAUUUCACCUUUAUUUAACCAGGGAGGCCAGAUGAGAACAAGUUCUCAUUUACAACUGCGACCUGGCCAAGAUAAAGCAAAGCAGUGCGACAAAAACAACACUUACACAUAAAAACGUACAGUCAAUAACACAAUAGAAAACAUAUGUACAGUCCGUCAUAGGUUGGUAACCUUAUCUGAGUGAUGGGUUUGUUUUCUAGCUAUAUUCAAUUCAUUUUACACAACCAAAAGGUUUCUGUAUAUGCAAAGGAUAAUAGCAAUAGAAUGUUUUUAUGCACGAUCCAUUUAUUCAAAUUCACAAACUAUCAUCUAAGACUAUAGAAGUAAAUCUGUAUAUGCUAUAUUAAUGUAUUAGCUAUUUUAAAAUAAUUUUUGUAGAUCAUAUCGGGAAUUUAGUUACUGUAGUAGGGGGGUGUCAUGACAAUCUGCAGCCUUGUGUUCUAAUGUUGAUCUCAUUCAUGGCCAUUUCUUAUCAGUGAGGCUAAACUGCAGGUCCAGUUUUGGAUGUAAAUUGCGCUUUGAUAUAACUCAAAUGCUCUGCAUGAAGGAUGUGUCCACACCCUGCUUAACGUUAAGUGAAAUGAGAGCGGCACUAGAGACCGAGGCGUCAUCCCAACACUGGCGCUGCAUGUCAUGCCAUAAAGAAUGUUCAUCUUUCCGCUUGUUGCCAGGGAUUUCGCCAGAAGGAACAAAGGCUCCCUUUUUGUACACUUUUUUUUUUUUUACCCGAUCUGGUUUUCUUAAUGUUAUUUUAUUAUUUUAAAAGGAGUCUCUGAAAUAUCUGUACGUAAUGUAUAACAUUAAAUAAAUGUAUUUGCCCAAUGUGGUCUGUGGAUAGCCCGCCCUGCCGUCAGGGCUCAGAUCUCUAGAAGGAUUCAAUCUUCACUAGCUUGAAAUGUGAAGAUCCAAAUGUUUGAAUGAGGAACAGAAUGAUUAAGUGGAAGUUUAUUUUUUCUGAUCUGUUUGUUACUAUAAUAUUGCUUUUUGUUCAGUGAACCACAAUGAACACCAGGGGGCGAUGUAAACUAGAACCAGUCGGUACAGUCUUGAGUUUAUACAUACAUGAAAUGUUGCUAAUUAAAAGUUAUGAUUCAAACUGCU